AUGCAUAGACGACAAACUGUCAAAGAUAACAUCCAUGAUAACGCAGAGCAUGCUCGAUUUGUCUUUCUUGUGAGUGGCGAAGGAAGUACCAGCACAUUCGACGCCAUGCAAAUGUCAUACCAAACUUUAAAGAAUAUUCUAGCGAAGGUCCCAAUUGAAAUCGAUGCGGAAAUUCUUUUCGCACCCGGUGGGGUAACCUAUCGUCACUUGUUCGCAGCAGCUAUGCGCUUUGAGGAAGCAUUUUUGGUAUAUAACUCCGACAUUGCCGUUGGCAAUUUGUCUUUGCUUUUGGACUCUUGCGGCCCCAACUUGGAUUUCGGCGCUUUGGUGGGAUCUAGGACGGACACCUUUCGCCAUGCUAAUGCGACAAAGCCUACUUGCUUUGAAUACAUGAAUAUGGGAAGCUUUGACAUAUUCAUGACUAAUAGAAAAGGUUUGCUUGUCAAAGGAGACAGCAAAUGCAGCUUUUUGAAUAACUUGCGCUUUCCUCAGUACUAUUGGGGCGCCGAGAAUGUGGUCGCUUUUUUGUUAUCUACACGAAAGAGGGUAGCCAACAUAUGCUCCCGUUGGAUUUUCCGGCAUAUGCACGAGUCUAAGACACUUGACGUACAACGAGGACCAAGAAGCAGGGACCGACCUAAUCGAAUUCGCAUCAAUCAUCAGCAUAAUGAUUGGGGUGGAGUUGAGACAUGGAUGCAGAACCUAAGUGAUACCUGCAAUUUAGAUCUUCUUCCGCCAACUGAAGAAGGAAACUUCACAAAGCCAAAUGUAAAGUGGAACAGGUGGAAAAGAACAAAAGAACAAAAGCUCAUUUUAGCUGAAACAUUUGAAAAGUUAAAAGCAAAACAACUGGCUUGA